AUGAGCCCGAACGAGGUGUUUCUCCUUCUCAAAUCGUCCGACAAAAUUAAUCACGACUUGACUUAUCCUUUUGAAAACUGCAACGACUCUGAUGAUUCUGAAAGUCCGGUUUAUACACUGGCUCUGCAAGAAUUUGCAAAACUCGCUCCUUCUCGUGAAUUUCGUUGCUUUAUUCGCGACAAAAAGCCAGUUGCGAUUUGUUCCAGAUCGACUACAUUCAGCGAUGACGAGGAAGACUUUUUCGACGAAGUUUACGAGGAGCUUUUGGAGUUUUUAGAUCUACAAAUCAUUCCGAAAGUAGAACUAAGUUCAUUCGUAAUUGAUGUUUACAAAAAAGAAGCGUCAGGGUUUCUGAUUUUUGGAUUCAGUCCUUUUGGGCUACCAACCUGGAGCAUGUACUUUUCAUGGAAGGAACUAUAUGACGACGAAUUUGGAGUCGAAGAGCCAGUCUAUCGGUUCAAUGAUGGAGAGCAAGUGAUAGGCUUGAGCCAGGACAAUCGAGUACCACUGGACGCCAUUCACAUAUCGCAAGGAUUAGACUCGCAGAAAUUAGUAGAUUACAUGCAACUUGUCAAAGAAGGAAAGCUUGAUGGAGAAGGACUACAGUCAAUGAGAUUGAGUCCGUCCGCUAUUUCUUUGUUCCAAUCGGCAACUGCUCUUCUCAAAAGAUCACAAAUCGAAAAAGAGCGUCUAAAAGGCUGUAUCGUAGGCUUGUGGAAGACAGACGCGUUUUACUCUGACCUUGGCCUCGUCUACGCUGAUGAGUCUUCUGUGAUCAUCGAUGAAAUAGACGACCCAAAGUUCUCCCCAUACAAAGCAAUUGAUGAGCCGGGAAUAUAUGUUUUUGAAAAGAAGCUUGAAAACCGAAAGUGCCUGAUGGAUUUACCAGUAGCUCCUGUUCAACCUGAAAAAGUCUCAAUGAAAAGUUUCGAAGCACUUGUUACGGAAAUCAACAGAAUCUGCAAGACAUUUCGGAAAACAGAUGGGAACUUGAACUUCAAGGGAAUCCACGAGCAAGAGAUUAUUAAAAAUCUUUAUCAUUUUGACGGCCCUACGAUGGACAGUGUGAAGUUCUCUCGAGGUCUCAAUUCUUGGCAAACAAGAGGGGCCGAAAUCCCAAAGUGUCAAAAAGUUUCUGCGAAAGACUUAUCCUACGACGAGUUCAAGCACUCUUAUGUUGAGCGAAAUCGACCGGUAAUCAUCGCCGAUGCUGUUGAUAAUUGGAAGGCAUUUGACCUUUGGUCAAAGGAAUAUUUUCUCGAAAAACUGGAAGACGCAAAAAUUCACGUGAAGCUUGGCGAGAGCGGUGUCUUUGAAGGACCCGAGGAGCGCGAAUUAUGGAAUGAUGCGGAGGAAAACGAAUUACCGGAAAAACUUACGAAGAAAUUGCGAUUUCCUGAGCUUGUCAUGGCCAGGCCGGGACAUGUUCAAUUAGAAAUGAGUAAAAUAUUCGAUCUGUUUCAAACUUCCUUGAGAGAUCCAAACAAGGAAUCAUGGACAUCUGCGUAUAUCGAGUACACGCCGAUGAAAUCUUCGAACGCUUUUUCAAUUUUGAAACCUGACGUGCCUGAAAUCAAAAAAUACUUUCACGAGCUCAAGCUGCAUCACCAAAAUAUCUGGAUUGGUGAUGGGCAGACGUUAGGGAAGAUGCAUUUCGACGAGUAUGAAAACGGACUGGUAAUGAUAAAAGGAUCGAAGCAGUUUCUGAUCUACGACCCACGUGACAAUCGGAAUCUUUACGAGGGACAUAUUCCAGAAGCCAGAUUUGAAAUCGAAGAAACAAAGGAGGGAAAAUAUAAACUUAUUCGAGACGGGCUUCAAGAAUCAACGUCCAUGGUGAUGGCUCCUGUAAAUGUCCUCAACCCAGAUUACGAGAAUUUUCCGCUUUUCAAAAAUGCAAAACCUAUGAACUGUACUAAUGCUCCCAAAGAUUCCAAAUCAUUUACCGCCCACAAACAAAGUCGACUAUCUCUUGGACUUGUCAGAAUUGCUGGUUAUUCACUUGAUGGAAGAAACUGGCACCAAAGUGAUCCCGUUACAAAGAGACAAGAGCUCAUCGACGAAAUACUCUCAUUAAUUUCGGCGAAUCCUAAAAUGACAUACAAACUCAAAGCGAGGACGAACCGAAUUCUCCAUGACGGGAAGAAUAUCCAUUUACUCGACGAAAAGUAUUGGUUCGGUGAAACCUCCCUCCCAUCAGAGCGACCGCCGCUUGGAAGAAAGAUAAAUCUGCCGGAACAUAUUUCCAAUCUUAUAUUCGAUCCUCAAAUACGUUUCGAAGCCGUCCGUGGUUUUUGGUUCAGGCCAAAGCAAAAUAAAGGCCUUCUUCUUUCGAGAUUGGGGCAGAUGAUCGUACACGAUUAUGGCUGUUUUGUUACCUAUCUGCUACAGUGCUGUCGAGAAUACCGCCCGCAUUGGAACGAAACUGACGUUAAAAUUUACGAAACGCGUCUGAAGGAUCAAAUCAUGCAGCGGAUAAAAUCAAACCUAAAUGUCGCCAGUUGCCUCGACUUGCCCUACAUAUCAUUCUACACCUUCACUGUCCCUCUCCUCGUUGAUUCCAACCUCAUCAACUGUUUCCUCACUCACACGGCAGUCAACUACGCUCAAGAUGGCCUCUUUCUGAAAUCCGGACCAGGGCAAGUUUCAGAAAGCUGGGACGAUGACAACAGCGAAAUGGAGCCUGAAGAAGUCAUCACAGAAAACUUGAAAAAGCUAGGCGACGAUGAUAUUUUGUCUGUUUACUCCUCAUCUUCGCGCACAUCAUGGAAAUAA